AUGAACUAUAUCCGGCACACUCUCCCGUGCAUCACAGCACCGGUGCACACUCCUCCGCCACUGCCUCUUCACAGUUCACAAGGUGCUUCACAUAGCACACCUAACACAAAGCUCCCCUCUAACCGCAUAAAGAGAGCCAAGUCACGUCAACCACAAUUUGUGUUCCCAAAUACAACACGCAAGUUGAAGUCCUCUUCUAAUAAUAAGUCACAGAUGGCUGCACACGAUCAUCUAGACUUAACACGCAAUCCUGAUGGCACAGUCACCCGUAAACCAAGCAAACACCCAGUGAGAUCAACCGCCCCUGAUCUUAGCCACCCCACUCCGGUUCUCUCGAAAGACGUGACAAUCAACGAAUCAAAUCACACUUGGGCUCGAAUAAUAUUCUUGCCUCGUCAUGCACUGGAAGAGGAUUCUUCCUCCUCAAAUGCUCCACUUCCCCUCAUUGUAUACUAUUGCGGUGGAGGAUUUGUCAUAUUGUCCGCAGCCACAAUCUACUGUCAUGAUAUUUGUUUCAACAUCUCGUCACAACUGUCUGCGGUGGUUGUCUCCCUCAAUUACCGCCUCGCACCGGAGCACCGCUUGCCGGCAGCCUACGACGAUGCCAUGGAAGUAUUAAAUUGGAUCUCAAAUACAAACGAUGAGUGGUUGAGAGAGCAUGCCGAUUUUACCAAGGUGUUCAUCAUGGGAUCUAGUGCGGGCGGCAACAUGGCUUACCACGUCGGAUUACGUGUUGCGGCUGCAGGGGUUGAUCAAUUUAAGCCGUUGAAGAUUAACGGCCUGAUACUGCACUAUCCAUUCUUCGGUGGUGCCAAGAGAAGUGAAUCCGAGUUGAGGUUACUGAACAACCACGUUUUGCCUCCCCGCCCUCGGCACAGUGAUCUAUUGUGGGAACUCUCAUUGCCGAUCGGUGCUGACCGUGAUCAUGAGUACUGCAAUCCAACGGUGGGGGAAGGGCCAAGGUUGUUAGAGAAGAUGAAGUUGUUGGGUUGGAAGGUAUUGUUGUCUACUUGCGACGGGGACUUGGCGUAUGACCGGCAGAUUGAAGUAGCAAAUAUGAUGGAAGAAAAGGGUAUCAAAGUGGAGAGAAGAAUCGUUAUUGGAGAUUAUCAUGGUGAUGAAGCCUUAGACUUACCUAAGCAGCAGAAACUGAUUAUAGCCUUAAAAGAUUUCGUAUUUUCUUCAAUUGCUCGACUUUCUAAUUGAUGUUUGCUUCGCUAGCUAUGUUCCAAGCUUUGUUUUGUAAUUUAUGUUUCAAUAAGAUGUGGUGUUGUACACACAAUUCAAGAGUUGAGAUAACUGGGAUACCAAUUGAUGAUCACUAUCAUUAUUACUGUUGGAUUAUUGGA